AUGGAGAAACAACGAGAAGCGUCUCCCGAGUUCCUUAACGUAAUAAAAUACCUGAGAUCUCGUUCUAGUGGAAUGUCUACUCGAGAGGGAAUACUAAACGGGAAGAGGGUUGAAUAUUUCAAAGGCAAAUCCGCGGUUAGAGCUCUACUCAAAGAUUCAUAUAAAAAACUCAAAAACGUUCCUCCUGUCGCAGAUGCCACCGACGCCAACAAAUUACUCCAAGAAAUACACACAUAUGCUUUCUUUUUAUCCGCUGAUCGCUCAGAAGUUUCUGGCCGCAAUACAACUAGAUUACUCCAAAUAAACCAUCAUCAAAUGUGGUCAGAGGAAAAAUAUUACGUCUGGUUCUAUGAAGGGUCACAAUUGUUAAUACUCCUUGGUGGUAUCUCAUUAGUAUCGGCUGUAUUUGCAGCAGUUUUGUUCCCGCUCUGGCCACCCCUGUUACGUAACGGCGUGUGGUACAUCUCAGUUGCGAUAUUGGGACUUUUUGGACUGUUUAUCCUUCUUGCAAUAGUAAGGCUGAUAUUCUUUAUCUUGACAAUGUUGUUGGUUUCACCUGGAAUAUGGAUCUUUCCAAAUUUGUUUGCCGAUGUUGGGUUCGUUGACAGUUUUAUUCCGCUCUGGGGGUGGGAAGUAACGAAAAAGAAACCGAGCGUGGAGGGAGAGAAUGUAGAGGGAAUGGAUCAAACGCAGAAAGAUUUGAGAGCGACAGAGGAGUGUGAACUGUUAGCGUCUAUGCAAAAGACAUUCAUAGCCAAUAUUGAUGAGAUGAUAUAG